AGUUUACAGAAUGUUAGCAUCUUAAGCGUAUGGAACAGCAUGAAACUUCAGGUCAUUUGUAUAAUUUAACAAAGCAAUACUGGUCGUCACAACCUCUUAAUACUGCACACAUUUGGAUUAGAGAAUUCAACCAACUUUUUUAACAAGACAAAUAAAUAAAAUGCUUUUUAGUGAUCAAGUUGAAGUCCUUGCCACUUGGUUUAAGAAUUGGAACGAAUGCGAACAAACAGUUGCCCUCUACUCGUUGCUAAAACGAGUAAAGAAAUGCCAGGCAAAGUUUCUUGCCAGAUGUUUGGAACAUUUUCUUACUGAGUGUGGGGAGCUUAUUCGUAUUGAAGAAGAGGCAAAUGAUCAUGAAUAUCUUUCCCGUUUAUUUAACGAGCCACGACAAUCAGACAUUAUCAACAAUUUAUUAAACCACCUGCCUUUACUGAGACCCGGGAAUGAAAUUGCGAAAAAUAAAUAUUUGGAGAUAUUACCAGUUGUUCUCGCACAUUCUGUGGAGAGAUCGGAGUAUCUUGAAGAGUCUCGUCAGUUACUUUCAUAUUCGCUGAUUCAUCCCGCUUUCGACAACAAAGAAAGGAAUUUGCUGACAUCAUGGAUGUCUGGACUCAAUCGAGCUCCGAGACCUGAGGAGGAAAAACUUCCUCCAAAACCAGGGGAAGUUCCAUCAGAAGUCUCUUCAACAACAAACUCUCUUGAAAUGGGGCAUCAUUCGAAUGGUCUCAGUGACUGGAACCACAACAGUGUGUGGGAAGAUUCAAGGUCUCCAACCCAUUCCUUAGAAGGGUACCACAACAAUUCCAUUUCUCCCCCAUCGUGGCAGCAAGAAUCUGCUCCCACCCCAGGAGGAGUGGGAGGAGGAGGAGGAGUUUCUGCUUCCAACUCUCUUGAUAAUUCACAAGUUGGCAUGGGGAGUAAUGAUGCCGUGGCAGAUGGCAUGGCAGAUGUUAGAAGCUGGCUUAAAACAUUACGGCUACAUAAAUAUGCGGAUUUGUUUAGUAAAAUGAGUUACACAGAUAUGAUGAUGCUAACACAGGAUAAACUUGAUGAACAGAAUGUCACAAAAGGAGCAAGAAACAAAAUUAUUUUAAGUAUUAAGAAACUGCAUGAACGAUUUAAGCAACUACACAGUUUAGAAAAUGAAAUUCUUGGUGGUGGAUCUCUUCGUUCUGCUCUACUUGAGUUAAAAUCGAUCAUCCAAACUCCAAUCAAGAGUUUUCAAUCUUCGAAAGUCGAGAGCGACGAUGUCGCCACCGGAGGGGGCAAGAAGGAAGUUAUCGAAGAAGGGGAUAUCCCGGCUCAAUACACGAGAGUCAUGGGGAAAGCGUGUACUCAACUGCUUGUAUCAAAGCCGGAUGAGGAAAAUAUAACUUUAUACAUGAAGCUGCUCGAAAGAUGUAUACAACACCCUGCUUUUACUGAAACACAAAAACGAAGAUUACAAACGUGGCGUCAACAAGUCCUGAAAAUUUAUCGCUCGCUGCCAAGAAAUAUUCGACCUCCUGGACCCCAGAGGUCACAGCAAGGUGUAGGAUACCCAGGUCUCCGACGUCCAAUCAGUCGAUCUCAAUUUGCUCCUCAUAUGUCCGCCUCCGCACCUCGUGCUCUUAACCAGCUCUCCUCUCCUCCCAUGCGGGGGAUUGGGAUUAACUUCCAGCCUCAAAAUGUUAAUUGGCUUUCUGGUAGUCUCAGUGCAGCCACACCUCAAAUUGACUCCUCAAGAAAGGCUGCUUCGCUUGACCCAAGACUAGGGCAAAGAAUGUUCGGUGGUGGAGAAGGAGAUGAAAGUCCGAAUGAAAUCAACACGCGACUCGAUUCUUUGUGUUUAAGUGUAGCAGAACAUGCAUUAGCAGAUGGCAUGGAUGGAAUAUCAACACUCUAGCAGAGCUUCACUUGGUCUAAUCUACAUUUCACAUCUUGGUCUGAACUUCAAUAAAAGUCGAUGAUAUUGGUUGCUAUGUAACUGCCACAAUUUACGUCCGGAUUUUUUUCUCAUUUUUUUGGCAAUUUUCUAUCGACUAAACAAUGCAAGCACUGCAGUGUUGCCGUAACAAUUUGUAAAAAGUGCUGGAAAUACUGGCGUUGGCAAAUGUCAACUUCUUUUAUAUUUUACUCCUGUACAUAAAACAAAUAUUAAGUUAUAUAGUUUUAUUGUGUCCCUUGGUGCUUAACUUAGUUCUUGCCAGCUGUGCAAACGCCUGGAGCUGAUGCACCAUCCGGUGGUAAAAGAAAAAAAUCACUUUGCCCAUCAGAGGGCGCUUGCAAUUUUCAGUUUUUUCCUGUUGUAUUUAUCGCUGCAAGUCCCAGAGGCUUAAAAUUCUAUUUUUGAUUUUCUUCUCCAAUUUUAAUGUUUGCAGCUGAGUGAAACGUUCACAAACACAUUACCAUAGCAUUGCGUUAGAUGCUCUGCAAACCCAAAGUCAGUUCAAGUAUUUGAUCAAGUGCCCCAUCGUGUUUAGUUUGUCAUGGUGUUUCUCUGAAGCACUGCCUUGAUGUCAUUAUUGUGUACUUUGUUUUGCAACUAACAUCCUCCGGCAGGAACUGUUGCUACUAACAAUAAACUUUCAUCUUAUU